UCCCCAUGUAACUCCCAUCUCUAGGUCCCGAGUCCGUGCAUGGCGAAGUGCCCGGAGAACUCUACCCGGGAGGAGAUUCUGGGGCAAGAUCAAGGGCGUCCCCGGGACUGUGUGAUUAGAAGCAUUCACCCACUGGGAUGUGCCCAGAGAGACAGUGAUGUCACUGGGGAAGAUGCACUGGAGCCUUCUUUCAGCACCAGUGUAGGAAAUGAGGACAUUGAGACUACCUGGCAUGAGCUGCAGAACAGCUCUGCUGUUAAUCAGCUCCAAGCUUUGUUGCGCCAACAAUCAACUAAGGAAAGUGAAGUAUCACCAUCAAGAGGGCAAAAAGAGUCUCCUUUAAGGUCAUUGGGAUACAAGGAAACCAGUUUACUUACUAUACAAGAUUGUCUUCCACUCAUCACGGACCAUUCUCAACACAUUCAUAAGUUAGACACAGAACUUAAUUUAUACAAAGAGAGACUAAAACUUAUUUAUGAGGAAAGGAAAGAAAUCCUGGAUUCUCAAUUGACGUUUUUGAGGAAAGACUUAGCUGAGUAUCAGAAAAAAUGUGCAGAUCUUGAAGAGCAACUAAGGCAUAAAGAGUCUCUUCUUGUCGCUAAUAUUUCUAAGUCUGUUGGUGGUAUUUGUUUGAAAUGUGCUCAACAUGAAGCUGUUAUUUCCAAAACCCAUAAUAAUGUUCACAUGCAGACCAUUGAAAGAUUGACUAAAGAAAGAGAUGACUUAAUGUCUGUACUAGUUUGCAUAAGGAGCAGCAUGACAGAUGUGCAGCAAAGAGAAGCAAGUGCUUAUAAGCAGGUGAAACGAGCUGUGCAAAUGACUGAAGAAGCCAAUUUUGAAAAAACAAGGCAAGCUUUAAUGCAGUGUAAGCAGUUGAAGAGUGAACUUGAGAGACAGACAGAGCGACUUAAAAAAGAACUUGCAUCUCAGCAAGAGAAAAGGGCCUUUGAGAAAGAGAUGAUGAAGAAAGAAACUGAGAAAGAAAAGGAGGACAUGGGAUCAAAGAUGUUGAUCCUGUCUCAGAAUAUUGCCCAGCUGGAGGCCAAGGUGGAAAAGGCUGUAAGAGAGAAGAUUUCAGCUGUUAAUCAAUUAGAGGAAAUUAAAAACCAGCUUACUUCCCAGGAAAUGGAUGCCACAAAGGUGUGUGGGGAAAUGCGCUAUCAAUUGAAUAAAACCAAAUUGGAGAAGGAUGAGGCAGAAAAGGAGCACAGAGAGUACAGAACAAAAACUAAAAGGAAUCUUGAAAUUAAAGAUCAGGAAAUAGAGAUAUUGAGAUCAGAAUUAAGUGAAAGCAAGCAGCACUUGGAACAGGAGCAGCAGAAGGCAGUCAAGGCCGGAGAGGAGUGCCUGAAACUGACAGAACUGCUGCGCGAGUCCGAGCACCAACUGCACCUCACCAGACUGGAAAAAGAUAACAUUCAGCAGAGCUUUAACAACAAAGCAAAGGCCCAAGCUCUUCAGGCCCAGCAAAGAGAGCAGGAGCUGACACAGAAGAUACAGCAAAUGGAGGCCCAGCAUGACAAAAUUGAAAACGAACAGUAUUCUUUGAUGGCCUCCCAGGACACACUUUUGAAAAAGUACAAGGAAGAGGGCAAUACAAUAGUCAAGAAACUGGAAGAAAUCUCUCAAAAAAGCAGGUCUAAGAUAGCUCAGCUUAGUCAAGAAAAAAAGUAUCUAUCUGACAAACUAGAAAAGUUACAGAGAAGAAAUAAUGAAUUGGAAGAACAGUGUGUCCAACAUGGGAGACUACAUGUGCUAAUGAAGCAAAGGCUAAAGCAGCUGGACGAGCACAGUCAGGCCACAGCCCGGCAGCUGGCACAGCUCCUCAGCAAGCAGGACCAGCUCCUGCUGGAGAGACAGAGCUUGACGGAAGAGGUGGGACGUCUGAGAUCCCAGUUACCCAGCAUGCCACAAUCUGAUUGCUGACCUGGAUGAAACAGUGAAAUAAAUGAUUUACAAAGAGAUAUUUACAUUCAUCUGAUUUGUACGUUAUAUGCCACAAUGCACCGAGACCUUCCCCGUGGACACCACAUGGGGCUGUAGCGAGCUGCGCUGUCAUCACCACAUGUUUGCUAAGUGCUCCCUGCGCAUGGACAGGCCAGCACUGAAGUCUGAUACUAGAUGAGGCGACCUCCUGGCGUAUGUUCUCAGAAAUGGUUUGAAGUUAUGAACUUAAAUCUGCUCAUUUGUAUGCUAUGUUACAAAUAUGAGUUUCAAUAAACCAACCGUUUAAA